CACUUCUCUGUGUCAUAGUUCUUUUCUGACACCUCCCUGGAUUAUAUCUUAACUCUUUUUUCAUUUUUCAAUUCAUAUCGGACUGGUAAAAUAGUGUGGAUAUUUUUAACUCUUUAAGGGCAUGAGGAUGGCUGGCAGACGAUCAGACAUUUUCUCUUUCAAAGACUCAGAACUUCCCUGCUACUUGCUCAUCCAGCUCAACAUCCUACGGCAGGAGCGCAUCCUGACAGACGUGCUGCUCUGCACUGAGCACCAGGAGAUCCCCUGCCACAGGAAUGUCCUGGUCUCCAGCAGCCCGUACUUCCGUGCCAUGUUCUGCAACAACUUUCUGGAGAGCAGCCAGGCCCGUGUAAACCUGAAGGGAAUCUCUUCCAGCGUGCUCACUUGCAUUGUGGACUAUGUUUACACAGGCUGCGUCACUAUCACCAUGGAGAAUGUGCUCCCUCUCAUGCAGGCAGCGUCCAUGCUUCACUAUGGGGGUCUCUUUGAAGCUUGCUCCAUGUUCCUGCAGGAGCAGCUAAGUCCUGAGAACUGUCUGAGUAUGAUCCGGUUGUCAGAGAUCCUCCACUGUGAGAGUCUAAAGGAAAAGGCAAAGGAGAUGGCUGUGAGGUGUUUCUCUGAUGUUGCUGCCACUGAGGACUUCUGUGAGCUGUCUCUUCCAGAACUCAUGUGCUACCUGGAGGAUGACCGUCUUUGUGCUGAGGAGGAACAGGUGUUUGAGACUCUCCUGGCAUGGAUCCAUCAUGACCCAUUUUCGCGGCGUGGUGCAAUCCACGAUCUCUUCAAGAAGGUUCGUCUGCGCUACAUCCAUCCAACAUACCUCUUCCAGUUCAUCGCCAACGACCCACUGGUGCAGUCGUCCACGCUCUGCACUGAGAUUAUCGACUCUGUUCGCCGUCUUAUGCUCACAGCCAGCACCAAGUGCAGCCGCGAGCUGAAACCUCUCUGGACCACACCAAGACGUUACACUUGCAGAGAAACACUGGUGGUAGUCGGAGGACGCAAAAACAACGAGCAGACUUCUCGAGAGGCGCUUCUGUAUGAUGAAAGAACUCAUCGUUGGCAGUGGAUGGCCAAGCUGCCUCUGCGUCUCUACAAAGCUGCAUACGUGUGCAUUCACAGCAUCCUUUAUGUGUUGGGGGGUCUCAGUCUCUGCAUGGCUUCUGGGGACAGUUCAGUCAGUGCCACUGUUUAUACACUGUCCCUGAAAACAAACCAGUGGAGGACUGCAGAACCCAUGCUGGAGCCCCGAUAUGCACACCAAAGCGUGUCUUAUCUGCACUUUAUCUUUGUGCUGGGAGGUAUUGGGUUAGACAAGCGAAUCUCUCAGUCAGUAGAGAGGUAUAACAGCAUGUUUAAUCAAUGGGAGGCCAUGGCAUCGAUGCCCACUGCCGUGCUUCAUCCAGCUAUUGCAGCCAGUGAUCAGAGGAUCUACGUGUUUGGAGGGGAGGACGCCAUGCAGAACCCUGUCCGGCUUAUUCAGGUAUAUCACAUCUCUCGCAACCUGUGGUCCAGAUUGGAGACAAGAACUGUGAAAAACGUUUGUGCUCCAGCUGCUGUCAUAGAGGAGAAGAUCUACAUCAUAGGAGGGUAUACCAAGAGAAUGAUCGCCUACGACACCAAAGCCAACAAAUUUUUUAAGUGUGCAAAUCUGAAGGAGCGACGAAUGCACCACAGCGCCACAGUGAUCAACAACAAGCUCUACGUCACAGGCGGACGUAUUCUCAAUGGCCAUGAUGUCAUCGAAGACUCGGAUUGCUUUGAGUGUUACGACCCAAAAACGGACGUUUGGACCUCCAAAGGUUCUCUACCGUACAAGCUUUUUGACCAUGGUUCUCUGCCGCUGGUUUGUGUUUCCAACACACCCAACCCACCAUGAGUUAAUCCUCUUCUUUGCUAUGAUAUAUUUUGGCCUCUACAUUAUCAGUGGGAAACCAUUUCAGACUGACAGCAUUGCUUAAUGGAGGUCAGUCUCUGCUAGAAGAUAGCAGUCCGUUUAGCUCCACUGAUGUUGAUCUGAAACAAAGUGAAGUCUGCAAGAGGUGGCAUUACUGAAACACCUGUGGUGAAACUAAAGAGCCAAGCAGAGGUUGUCAGGCUUUAACACAAAGCCAUUUUUUUUACACAUUGGACUUGAAAAAAUGUCUUUGCAUUCACAUUUGAUGAUAAGUAUUAAUGUUUUAUUAUCCCAGACAUUAAUACAAAAUAGAAUUCCUUUAUGUGGCAGCUGUAAUUUCCAUAUUCUGCCUGUUAAACCAGGACAUAAAUGUGUAUGGGUUUGGGUUCAUCUUUAAGCUCUGUUAGAGAACUAACAGGUGCACUAUUUACACUUUGUGUAGUAAAUAAUACAUUCCUCAUUGACCCACUUGUUCUUAUUGGAUUGCACUUGUUGAUGAGAGGUUUUGUCAGAGAACAUGAAGAAGCUCCUACAGAGAUGAUGAAGAACCAGUCUCUCUCAGAUCUUGUCAAAUGAAAUAAACUGGGCCAACAUUCAAUAAUUUAUCAGUGGGCUUAUAUUUUUCUCUGGAAAAUCCAACAACGUUUGCACAUGCACAGUAAUGUGAAGACUUUUGAUCCUGUAUUAACAGUUUGGAAGUUAUGGGGUUUUUCAUGUUACUGUGCAUGCAAGUGAAAAUGUCUUUACAGCCAUUAAAUGUUGAUGUGAGAACAUGUGACAAAGCUGACUUAGAAGUGUCCUGGAAUGAUGCAUUGACCUCAUUACUGCAGACAAGAGUGGGAGAGGUGUUAGGGAGAAAUCCAGUGUUUGCAUCAUCAUUCUAAAACCCUCUUUGCUUUCAAGUAUGCUGUUCAUUUAUAGCUGGACCAUUUUUAUAACUUCUCUACAGCAAAUGUAUUUUUGUUACACCUUUUGUUGCACCUUUUUUCUUAACAAUGUAUCAAUUUGGUUACUACUUGGUAGCCCUUUGCACAUGCACAGUGGCCAUUUACUGUACAUCAUCUGUUUGUAUACAUGUUCCAUUGGUGUCUGAAAGCAUAAAAUGGAGAGAAAUACAUUGUUAUUGGCUUUUAUUGAUAACAGUCAUUGGUACCACAACAAAUAGAAAAUCUGAGCCUUUUACAUCACUGUGGAAGAAUUUUGGCCCACUCUUCUUUGCAGAAUUGUUUUAAUUCAGCCACAAUGGAGGGUUUUUGAGCAUGAACAGGCUUUUUAAGGUCAUACAUUGCCAACUCUUCUUUUGUUGUUCUCUUGUUGAUUCUGUUUAUUUACAAGCUAGUGUUAGCACUGUAGCACAGCUUGUUGUUACAGAAAUGUAGAAAAGCUUUAAAAAUCAUGGAAGGGUUUAUGAUCAGUUUAAUGGUUUUAGUUUUAUUUGGCAACAUUUGGCAGAUUAUUUUACUAAAGAAUGUACCUUUAUUGGCUGCCAGUAGCCACUAUAUUAAAAGUUCCUCCAGGAAUUUCUUAUAUACCUACAGUUUUGUUGGUGAAAAUGUAAAAAAUUUGCUUGAGGGCUAAGAAUCUGCACACCAGUUCUGUGCAAAACCAUGUGCCAGAUUGGGAAGAUAAAAUGUUCUCAGCAAACGACCAAACUAGUACCCUUAAAAUGUUCUUUUUUUGUAUCAGUUACACUAAAAUAUUGAUUAUUUUUGACAACCCAAGUGGACGCAAACAAACAUUUGGCAAGGAGGAAAACACAAACAAGGUACAAGUUAAUGCUAGGUGCUGAAGCACAGAUCUCUCCUCCAGGGAGUUGGAAAAUGUCUGGGGUGCAGGGGUAAAAGUAGGCAACCUUUGUAUGGAAGCCGUAGUCCUCGAUGCAGGCUGUCGUGGGUUUGAGUCCUGGCCUGUUGACGUUUACUGCACGACCUCCUCCCUCUCUCCACCCUAUUUCCUGUGAACUCACAUUCAAAAAAAUUUGAAAAAUGAAGGUCACUAGUGCCCACAGAAAAAAAUGUGUUACAUACUAUACUUCCAGUCUUUAUAGGAAAAAACAUUAAAGCAAUUUGCUUUUCCCAUCUGGAAAUCUUCUUAUACUCCUGGCUGGCUCUGUCAUAAUCUCUCUCAUAUCUGAUUUGAACACUAUUGAUGCAGACAUAUUAACUUUUCCAUGACUAUCAAGUGAUAGUAUGCUCUGCAUACCUCAUUAAAAACCAGUACAACAUCCGCCAGCCAACAUGUAUUAUUACUUUUAACUUCAGAUGUUAGGGGAAUGCAGUGAAUGCACAACUUUAUGAUAUGAUGUGACUGACCCGUGGCCUCUUGACCUGAUGGCUUGCAAUCUUUUCAUACUAAGCAUUUGGUAUGAGGAGCCCCUCAUGAAAGCCCCAUAUCCAGUUACAACCCUGGGAGACUAUUUUUUUGUAUGAUAGACAUGUAAGCAGUACUGAAGAUGCGUGUAGCAGAUAUUUGAUUUUAGUUGUGCAUUUUAAUUCAUGAACGUUAGUGUUGGACCACUGAAAGUAGCAAAAACAUGAAAUUUAAUUUGCCGUCACAAUAAAAAAACACUGAUUUUGUGUUUGCUAACUCCCAAAAACGUCCUGUCUGUGUCUCCGUGUGCACAACCAAGGCCACAGUUAAACUUGUUUAGCAAACUCUUCAGAAUGACACACACACAAUGACCUCAAACAUCUAAACGGAAACAUGAUGGUCCGUUGGAUGUCUUGUGCCUGACUCAGUCACCCAGAGCAGCGUUUAGGAUCAGCACCACUGAGCUGCUGCUAAAUACACAACCUGUUUAGCCUGCUGCCUUUCAAUAGAUACCAGCGUGUGAGGGUCACCCUUCAGGGUGGCUGUGGCCAGCCAGGUUAUUUUCAGCGUCUGUUACUAGCCCCUAUAGCCCUGAUAGUUUUAUAAUGUGUGAGCGGGACAAAACAGACAUUGAAACUGUUUAGAGGAAGCAAAUAUGACUUGGAUUCCUCCUGCAGUUAUUAUGCACCCCUGUAAACCUUAAUGUACUUUAACAACAACCAGAAAAUGAUAUUUUUGUUGGGCAAAAAAAAAAAAAAAAAUCAAAGAAUGUAAGAAGUGAAAAGGAAAUUCUAAAACUGGGUAGUUUUGUUGUCUUAUUGUUUAGUUUGUAUUCUAAGAUGUUGUAAUGCAUGACUGAUUUGUUCAAAUGUUCAGAUGUUGCAUUAAAGUGUUGAAAUAUCA